CGUUGUGCCGCCGCCCUCUUGCGAACGAAUUUUCAAAACAAUCCUCAAUUCCUCACAUCCGAUGAAACCCUAACCCGAACCCUUCAUCCUCUGCAUCUCAACGACACCCGAUACUAUCCUCUGAUCACGGUUAGGAAGUUUGUCAAUUUCGAUGUCUGGUCGCGGAAGGGGACGUCCGUCGUCGUCGCGCUCUGCGGAGCCUGGCGCGGGCCCAAGCCGUCGAUCGACGCGCCAGAUGCAGCAACAGCAGCAGAACGCGGCGCAUCCGGAACAACCAGAACGCGAAGCUCAAGCUCAACCUGCCCAGAAUCAGGAGGAGCAGGCCCAGGUGCAGGUCCAGACGCCCGAGCCUAGAUAUCAGCAGAUCAUCGACCCCGCUAUCGCGGGCUCCCAGGAUGCCGCCAUGCCUCCGCCACCCAUCCCGAGUUCUAAGAACCUCCAGGCGCCCAACCGACCACUAAUCGCCCGGCGGGGAGCGCCCCUGGACAGGAGUGUGAGGGGGGGAAGCAUGUCCAGCGUCGUCAGCGUGGCGGGAACGACUGAUGCGUAUUCUUCCCAGCCUGAGCCGCCGAAAACAACUCUAGCGCAUGGUCGCUUUGGCACGCCUGCCCGAGCUGCGCAUCCCAUGUCCGAGGUCGAGCAAAGCCCCAGCGGAAAGGCUGCUCGAUCGCGUCUCAUGAAUGCCAUGCUGACGCGCCUGUUCAACGCAUGUGAUGAUUUCUUCGCCCAUCUCUGCUCUCAGUCUGAAGAUGCUGUGAUGUGGGAGGCAGAGCGGAGAGGCUUUAGGGUCCCCUUUGACGCCUACCGAGAUUAUUACGUGUCUGACAUCACCGACUUUGUCGUGAACCCAGCCUUUGUGGUCGACACCAUGAAGCUCGCGACUGGUACGACGCUGUGGCACACGGUGAUGAAGACCGUCUCGGCCGCAAAUUUGACUUCGCUUUUUGAAGACAUUGUGUCCAUUGACCGGCACACCAUGCUCCUGCCACGUCUUAACAAGUGGAACUCGGUCUUUCCCGAAUUCUUCUUCGGCGACGGUCUUGACAACUACGACCAGUGGACCAACGACCAGGUCAUUGAACAAGUUCUAAUGAUCCGGACUCAUAUAUCUAUCCUCACACUGCAGCAGCGACGGGAAAAUCCUGCCCCGUUCAAUCCCGUUGAGGAGGUCGCUAAGAUCUGGUGCGAAGAUACUCCCUCUGGUGGAGAAGUCGGGGCUUUUUUGUCGAGGGACAACGAGGAUGCCAUCCAUCUCAAGGGUAUUCUGGCGAGUUCUGGCUGGGCAGCCUUGGCUAGGGAUCGCAAUGUCACUCGCUUCUCCUCCAUUUGCAAGAUGCUGCCGAACGACCGAAUCGAUGGUUUCAACCUCGAUCUCAGCCAAUUGCAUGAGACGUAUUCUUUCGACCAGUUUGUCGACAGUCUGCGAGAUUUUGUCAGGGAUUGCUUUGGUAGAAUCAAGGUGUCGCUCCAGCAAAACUCAUCGGCCCGGGACUCGUUACGCCCGCCUGCCGAAGAUGCUAAUGCAAGGAUGGAUUCGCCGCAGAUUCGUUCUCAGUUGGAAACAGAGGCAAUGGCUCAUGCGCUUAGUCAGGCCGCGACAGGUGCUCCUUCGGGCUCCUACAACGUGGAUGCCCUGCGAAAGAUGAAGCAGAUGGAACAAGAAGUAGCUUCCCAGUACAGUGACAGUCAGCAGCUCACGCCUAGCUCCUAUCCAAGGAUCCCCUAUCCACCGGGCUUCAGCUCUCAGGAAAUGGGGUAUGGCGAGCCCGCUCCCCAGGGCGGCUUUCAAUCCAACGGCUCCAUGUACGCAGCGUCGGCGGCUGAGGUUUCCGGCAGGAAGCGGCGCGCUCGGAAUGAGCCUCUGCCGACUGGCAGCGAUGCUGGGGGUUUGACCGCUCAGCCGCCAAAGAGGGCGAGGAAAAGCCGUAUUAAGAAGGACACCGCUGCGGCAGCUGCGCCGGCCCAGUCGAGCGCGCCAGCCGGAUCUAUCCCGCAUUCGCAGUAUCCACAACCAAUGGUGCCCGAGGCGCAAGAUGGCAUUGAUUAUGAGGCUCUUAGCCAGCGGAGCCGGGAGCUAUCAGCUGCGAACCGCAAACACAAAGAGCCACAAGUACGCUCGGCUUGGGUGCGAAACGACGUCAGGUUGCUUGUUAAAGCCGUCGAUAGCUAUGAGUGCAAAUGGAGCGCCAUUGAAGAAGCGAUCAAGAAAGGCGUCAUUCCCUUUGAGCGGCCUCGAAACCAGCAGGCUCUCCGCGACAAGGCGCGCCUGCUGAAGCAAGAUUUUCUGAAAGCCGAUGCCGUGCUCCCAAGGGGCUUUGAUCUUGUCGUGCUAGGCAAGAAGGAGAAAAAUGCCGUAAUGGCUGUUGGCAAGAACCCUGAACGCAAAGAGGCGGAUGUCGAUGAGAAUGGCCAGCCAAUCAACACCGAGUUGGACCCCUCUCCCGAUAUGGGACCCGAACUGCAGCCGCAGCCGCCUGCGCAAGAA